AUGGUUCAGCGGCUGACCUACCGCCGGCGGCACAGCUACGCCACCAAGUCUAACCAGCACCGGAUCGUCAAGACUCCCGGUAUACACCGCUGCCGCCUACCUGUUUCCUCGAUUUCUCCGUCUUCUUCUUCUUCCUGUUAAUCCUGUUCUUUUCGUGGAGUCUUGAGUUUGUCUUCGGUUCCUGAACUGAAUAUCCGGAUUUUCAGGUGGGAAAUUGGUCUACCAGUCAGCGAAGAAGAGAGCCAGCGGUCCCAAAUGCCCCGUGACGGGGAAGAGGAUCCAAGGGGUAGGCGACUCUCUGCUCAUCUGUUGUUAUUGUGUAUUUAUCUGAUCAGGUACACCGUGUAAAAAUAUUUUGCACAUCUGUAUAGGUUUUCUCGCUCGUUUUCUUCUUUUUCAGUGGCAGGUCUGAUUAAAUGGAGCUUUAAAAUCAAAUUCAUAGAAUAUUAUGAGAACAAUGUGGUCAGCUGUUUGUCUCAUCCUCUGGCCACAUGUUUACAUGCCCUCAUCAGGAUACAAAGAACGUUCAUGUCAUCCAUGCCUGCAUUUUCUUCUGAGGUAUCAGACUUUUCAAAACCGUUGUCCUGCCAAUUCGGUCGGUUAGUCAGUGCAUCAGUUAUCUGAUCAUAUAUCUAAUUUCACAACAGAAGGCCAUAUAAAAUACUUGACUAAUGUUGAUUUUAAAGGAAAGGGAUGAUUCAGAAAACAUCUGUGACCGGCUGCUCGCGUUCAUAAGAGAGGAGAGUUGCUGUCUUUUAGCCCCAGGUCUGCGGAGCUGCAGAUUUCCCUUCUCCCUUGGGUUGACAAGCUUAGACUUGCGUUUAUGUAAUGGGAAAUGAUUUUACACCUUGAUCUUGACAAGGUACAUAGCUGUCCCUGAAACAAUUCUUGAGGGUCCUUUCAAGAGUUCAUCAGCCAAUCUGGUCUAUAUUCCUCUCUUUUUCCAUUUAUAUACAACAGAAGUUUACAAUCUACUUUCAAAAAGAUACGCUCCCGUUGGCAACCAGACAGCUUAAUGGAGGAGGAAGAGGCGUGUCAAUGCAUCAGUGAGACUAUAUGCCUACAGGUUGACUUUUCUUGAUUUUUAGAUGCCUGCCCAUUUAGUGUCGCUGAGCGUUAUAAUCUCUCCUAGAUCGUGCAUGAUGUCAGAUGCCUAGAAAAUAAGUCAGAGCCUUUGUAAUCUGUGGGUAUUUAUUAUUCGCUCUUUGAAUGUGGGGCUGGCACAUUUCCCUUUAUGUGCGAGUUAACUAUAUAGCACUUGUUGACUUGGUUAUGUGGGGAAUAUCUAUAUAGCACUCCUCGGAAAUAGACAUUGCUUGGCAAAGAAUCUGGUUGUCCGAUCCAAAAUUUAUUGGCAGAGAAUGGUGCUGUGUCUUUCUUUAGGCUUUUAUCUAUUUAUUUCCAGCGCGGAGCUAUUCUAGUACUUUGACUUGGACUCUGUGGGCUGAUGUAUCUCUAUGAAAUGUCUGAUAUUUUCCUUCUGUGAACGUGGAUUAGAAUGUAGGAUCGGGUAAUAUAUGAUAUUUUUCACUAGAGAAUUAUGGUAUUUGUAUGUCUUUCUUCCCAUCUUUCCUUUUAAUAUAAAUCAUAUGUAUUAAAUUAUUUGUUUAAAAUCCUUUUUACUAUCUGGAGAAGCAAUUGAAAUCAAGCUUCUAAGCCGCAUAAUUUAUCUGCAAAAGAAGGUUUUAAUUUUAGUCAACUCCAGAUCUUUUGAUGUUCAUCACACUUCUUUGACGCCUGAAAUCCGCUGCACACGGCGGAUAAAUCGGCCGAGUCGGCCAGCUUAUCAGCUAAAUGAACAUAACCUUGGCCGAUUCUACUAUGAUUUUACUCUGAUUCAUGAUUCCUGAAAUCUGAUCACAUCUCAUCAACACACUAACAAGCUGCUGAUUCUCAGAUUCCGCACCUCCGACCCGCCGAGUACACGAGGUCUAGGUUGUCCAGGAACCGUAGGACGGUCAACCGGGCGUAUGGCGGAGUCCUCUCCGGCGGGGCCGUUCGUGAGAGGUCAGCUGAAGAUCAUCUGCUCCCAGAAUGGUUCGAGAAAGAGUUGGUGGGCUGACACGCGAGGUCGGAUUUCCUCUUCUUCCUGUGCAGGAUCAUCCGGGCGUUCCUGGUGGAGGAGCAGAAGAUCGUCAAGAAGGUGCUGAAGAUCCAGAAGGCCAAGGAGAAGCUCUCUUCGAAGCAGUAG